AUGUCAUAUUUAAAUGAGAAAAGCGUCUUGAACGAAACAACUCAACUGAAUGAGACAGGCGAUGUUGAAGAACAAGUAUGGAGAAAAGAAGGUUUGGAUGAGAAUGACAUAUUUAAACGACAGGAGGCUCGCAAACAGAAGCAGAUGAGAGAUGUGAGUUUACGAAUCCAGUGGAUGGAAAAUGCAGAAGAUCGUCUGAACAGAGAAAAAUAUGGAGCCAAGGGAUUCGAGGACAUGCUUGCCCUUCCACAAUAUUCUUCAGAGCGCGAGAGUGACGAAGACGACCACAACGAAGAAAAUCAGAAAGCCCCCGAGAUUCCAAUAUUUGCGAUCCCUUCACUUCCGAAGCAUAUGAAUGAAAAGUCAAUGCUGGGUUCACCGGUUGCCGGUAGUAGAGGAAGCGGGAAGGCAGGUCUCAGUUGUUCAACUCCAAAAAGUGCAAACGAUGUCUCCAUGCGUUCCCUUAGAGCCCUCGACCUGUCGCAUGUUAUAAACACGGAUCAUCUUGAUGCUAACAAAACGAAUGGUGAAGAAUCAGAUCUUCAAAAGACUCAUACUAUUCAAAAAAUGGCAAGUAGCGAAGGAUCAACUCUUCAAAAGACUCAUACUAUUCAUGAAGAUGGAAGUAACGAAAGAAACUUACCUACUCCAGAAGAAAACGAUAUCGCUGACACCGAUGUUCGCAACCCUUCGAAUGGAGGCGAACAGAAGAGAAAAGCAAAGAAAGUUGGGGCUCAAGACAGAGAAAGGCGUGGAGCAAAUCUUAGUAUGUCUCUGAUGAAUUCUAUGAUGGAAGAUGUACCUUCUUCCGGCGCCAAUUUAUUGAAACAUCCGCUGAAAAAAGUUAGGCCGGAAACGAAGAGCCCACAAAAGCCACGAGUUAUGGGUAGACUCAGUACAGAAUCAGACAAAGAGAAGACUAUUGAGAUGGGAUCGAUUGCUGAAGAGUCUUCAAUAGCUGAAUCGAUGGGAUCCUCAUAUGUAGAUCCUGUUCCAGAGAACGCAACUGCUUUUUCACCAGUUCCUGAAGAAGAAGAACCGAUGGAGAUUGCGAACACCACUCCCAAAUCAACCCGCCGUGGAUCAAGCUUCGUAACUCCCCACAGUUUGAUGGAAAGAGCAAGAGGAGGGACACUUUUCUCAACUCCAGUUCCACCAGUUGUUGACGCCGUCACACCCAAACUUAACUAUCAGAAACAAACCGUUUCAUCAGCAUUAAAAAUGAAGGGUGCUCCCAAUAGCUGUGAACUUCUUGAUGUGGAUCGUAGAUGUCGCUCAGGUCCGAAGAAAUCCGUCAAUGUGGCCAGAGAGUCACCGAAAGAUAACGAUGAUGGGAAUGGAAAACCGGAAGACGUUGUUAUUGAUGAUAGCAAAUUGAAUGAUGAAGAAAUGUGUGAUGUGACGGUUGAAAUGCCCCAAAAUGUCGAACAGGCAGCGAGCGGUGUAGAACUCGAUAUGAACGGAUUGACACUUCAUUCAGCUAACGUAAGCUAUAACUUGGACCAUGACGGUUUGGAUGAUUUCCAUGGAGAUCCCAAUUUUGAAGAUGAAAGAAACGAAAGUGAGGAUGCUGGGUCUUCUACCCGCAGAACAACUAGAAGUCGAAUUGGAUUACUCAGUGACUCAAUCGCUACUGUGAAUUCGCCUGGCGUCGAUCGUCGUCAAACUGGGAAAAAUUACAGGAAUGAUACUAUUCCAGAAGACUCGUGGGAUUCUGAUGAAGAAGUCGUUUCUAGAAGGCGCAAUGAUGUUAGAAACACUGUAAAAAUUGGAUUGCAGCUAAAGAAGAGAGAAAUUAUUCAACCUGACGAUGCAACGAAUGGUGUUAGACGAUCUCAACGCAAUAGAGUCAAGCCUGUUCGGUCGUGGCUUGGAGAGAAACCUGUGUACGUGAACUCUCCAAGCGGAGGAAAGAGACUGACUGGAGUUACUGAUGUUAUUAUCAAAGACAAACGAUUGUGCAAGUACAGAACUGGGGACUCGUUCUAG